UUGAAAAUCCGAGUUGGCAACCCUGAUCAAGGUUCAGGAGGCUCCAGUGGCCCAGUUAACAGAACAAGCACAGGUUGUGUUGUUGUUGCUGCUGAUGACUGGCCUUAACAAAAUACCUUAUUUUAUCAUGGAUAGAUCAAGCAGAGUUGUGUCAGCAAGUUAUGGUCUUUUACGGAGAAAGUUGGUGAGAAGUGUGGUGGGGAGGAGUGUAGCCUGGCAGCAGGAGAGGUCUUACCGCCCACCUCCAUCGGUACUAGAUAAGUUUAAGGGGCAUGUUGUAGAUUUGCGUUCUGACACCUUAACUAAACCCAGUCCCGGCAUGAAGAAGGCCAUGAUGGAUGCACUACUUGGGGAUGAUGUCUAUCGUGAAGAUCCAACAGUGUCAGAGCUGGAGAAUUGUAUGGCAGCUUGUACGGGAAAGGACUCGGCCCUGUUUGUACCAUCAGGCACUAUGGGAAACCUUAUUUGUGUAUUAGGCCACUGUGAGCAUCGAGGAUCAGAAGUACUACUGGGUGAUCAAGCACACAUCUUCCUCUAUGAACAGGCUGGUAUGGCUCAGCUUGGUGGUAUACAGCCUCACAUCAUCCCCACUGAACCAAAUGGAACAUUUGAUGUUAAUGAGAUAUCAGCAAGGUUGCGUGUUGAAGAUGUACACUGCCCAAGAACCACACUUAUAUGUAUUGAAAAUACUCAAAAUGUAUGUGGUGGGAAGGUUGUGCCUUGUCACUGGAUUGAUGAGGUUGGUAGUGUGGCCAAGUCUAGUGGUAUUCCUUUACACAUGGAUGGAGCACGUUUGAUGAAUGCUGUAAUUGCCAGCGGAGUGAGUGCUGCUCGUAUCCUUCAAGGGUGUGAUACUGCUUCCAUAUGUUUUAGCAAAGGACUCGGCACCCCGGUUGGCUCCGUCAUUGUUGGUCCUGAAGAUUUCAUGUACAAAGCUAUACGUCUCCGUAAAGUAUUGGGUGGUGGCAUGAGGCAAGCAGGCAUGUUGGCUGCUGCAGCAUUAUACGCUCUAGAACACAUGGUUGAACGUUUGGCUGAUGAUCACAAGCAUGCUAAACUUCUUGCUCAAGGACUCCGUGACUGGAGGCUCCAGCUGACCACCACAAGCCAGACGAUGGUUGAACACGUCCCUUAGUUGUCAACCACCACCACCAACCACCAUCAAGCACCACAACUACCACCAUCAUGAAGCUCGACAAACAAAUACCAAACGACAAUAAAGAGGAGGAGGAUAAUAAGGAGAAAAAGAUGGAUAAGGAAAUGAAGGAAGAAACGAACGAGAGGCUGGCAGGAACGAGUAAAGGUGCCAGUAAUGACCUGUCUCUGGAGGAUAAGAACAAGGAAGAGGAGGUGCUAGGUGUUUCAAGUCCCACUCAAGGUUCUAAUAAGCUCUGUGAUGACCUCGACUCCAAGGAGGACAAGGAGAAGGAACAGCCGGAGAAGGUGGAGCAGGAACUCGAGGAGAAUUCGCUCAAGGAGUUGGAUCUUUCAAGGAUUGACUCCAAGAUGGGGAUGGCGAAUUUGGAGACCAUCCGGGAGGGGGAGGUGUUGGAGAUUCCCCCGGAGGCCACCUCGCCCCCCAUCACCUCCCCGAAGGCCAAGUUCUACUUCGACGACACCACCGUGAGUACCACUACAGUAUGCCU